AUGAAAAAAUUAGAACUACCGAAAUCGGUUCUGGAUAUGAAGUUUAUGAGGAAAGCUAAGGAACGGAAAGAAAGAGAAGUAGAAAAUACUCAAGAUCAUCAUAGUUUGUACUCCAAUAUUAUUACUAGUGAAAUGAGGCAUGCAACAGGAAAUUACAUAUCUGAGACCAGUUUCAUUUUUUGUGAAGACUUAAUAGAAGGAAGAUUAUCUUAUAAAGGAAUGAAUCCGGAAAUAGAAAGACUUAUGGAGCUAGAAACAAAAAAACCAGAAAUAGAUGGAGACAUGCAGAAGGAUAUAUCAGAUGAAUCAAUUACAUCGCUGCCACAUCGCCGACGUCAUAAUAUAUUAGGCAACCCAGUUAACAUCGCAACAGCCCGUGAUGUCGAUGGCCUACGUGACCUGGCGUCAGCGUUUCCCCGAGUCCCACGUUUUUCAACAAGAACUCGGCCACUUGGUUUCCAACAUCGAACCAGUACAUUACUUUUAGAUACUCGCGGGCCGGUUCGCGAUACAUUUUUGCAUAAAUUUCGGGAAUCGCGGCCACGCGGAGGAGGAGUAUCAAGCAAUCGAUACGCAGAGAAACGAGAUGAAAUUCGAGUCUGCGUUUAGGCAGUCUCGCAGGAAUAGACAAUUAGAUAGCAAUAGAAAUUUAGAUUUGUCUGAUUUAAAUUUAGAAUUAAAUACUAUAUUCACUUUGGAACAAAGUAGCGACAUAAGUAGGUUAAAUAGUUCAUUUUUAUUGAGUUCCGAGAGUACCAAUAUGGCGCACGAUCCAGACGCAAUUUAUAAAGUUUUGCGCCCCGUCCCAGAGUUUGAUGGGAACCCUAAUGUUCUCACGCGCUUUAUAAAAAUAUGCGACCAAAUCGUAAUAACGUAUAUGUGUUCGGAACCCGGCAGUGAAUUAUCCAAUUUAUGUCUAAUAAACGGCAUACUGAAUAAAAUUACCGGGCCUGCCGCCAGUAUAAUAAACGCAAAUGGCAUACCCGAUAAUUGGCUGGAUAUACGUAAUGCACUUAUUAAUAACUUUGCCGACCAAAGGGACGAGACGGCCCUCUAUAACGACCUCUCUUUGGCUACUCAGGGUCAGAAGUCCCCUCAGGAGUUCUACGACCAUUGUCAGACCUUAUUUAGCACCAUCAUGACAUAUGUAAGCCUGCAUGAGAGCAUAGCCACUACCAUAGAGGCUAAACGCGCACUGUAUAGGAAACUCACUAUGCAAGCAUUCGUAAGAGGACUGCAGGAGCCUCUUGGCUCGCGUAUUUGGUGCAUGAGACCUGAAACUAUUGAAAAGGCUUUAGAAUAUGUUCAGGAGGAGUUAAAUAUUAUGUACUUACAACAACGUAAUGACUCGGUUAGUAAAAUACCAACGACCUCAAAAAUGGUCUACCCAUCUCCCGUGCAAAUUCCAAAGCCUUCACAUUUACAACCGCCAGUAGCAGGGUGGCCUUCGCAUACUAUGCAAAGGCUACCACCACAACCACCGCAACCAUUUAGGUUUGCGCCUCAGCAGGGGUUCAGGCCUAACCCCUCACAAAACCAGCAUCAGCCACAGGUACGUAUGCCAUCUCGAACCCAGCAGAUGUUUAGUGCUAGGCCGGCUAAUUACAACCCCCAAAGCAAUGUGUUUCGUCUCCCACAAAGGAAUCAACCCAGUACCUUCGUCCCUAGACCCAUGAGUGGUGUUCAGCAUUUCAACCCCAAGCCGUUACCUCCCACCACUGGUCUACGUGGUCAUGAUUGGCGUACCCAAGGUAACCCUCCACCUACAAAUUAUUUUAAAACUAGAGAAAUGAAUAUGAACGAGUGUUAUGAUGGUAACUAUUAUUGCGACUAUAAUUAUGACCCCUACUAUGAAUACCACUCACAGAUUGACGAGACUUACGAUUACAAUAACUACAACGAUUACUCUAACUAUGAGAGGCAACUACCAUAUAUUCAAAUAUCAAACCCGCCUUUAAAAUUGUUAAUUGAUACAGGCGCUAACCAGUCUUUCAUAAACCCACAAGCCAUUGAAACAUACUAUUCUGAAACGCCAUUAAACUAUGAUCCUUUCGAAGUUACAAAUGUCCAUGCAACUACUAGAAAUAACUAUUCAAUCACAUUACCUUGCUUUCCAGAAUUUAAUGAUAAUGAGAAUAUACGCCUCUUUGUCUAUAAUUUCCACGAUUUCUUUGAUGGUUUGAUAGGACUUGAUUUAUUGACGAAAUGGGAAGCUAAAAUAGACCUAAAAGACAGGACCUUGAUUACACGUUCUAUAGUGAACCCAAUUAGAAUGUAUAACUCUAGAAAUGUCAAUUUAUACGAGGACAUUAUUCCUGCUCGUAGUUCUAAAUUAGUAAGAUUACCCAUUAAUGCCCCGGAUGGCGAAGUUUUUAUCCCUGAACAAAUGAUCUGCAAUUGCGUUAUAGUUGAGUGCUUAACAACCGUGACCAACAGCCGUGGUUAUCUAGAAGUUCACAACCUAACAGAUAAUGACGCAAUACUUUCAUUAGAUGAUUUUGUUAGCGCAACCGUAUUUAAUUUAGAAUGCGACGCGACAGCAUCACGCGCAAAAGAUGUAAUAUCACGCUUGCGAACUGACCAUCUUAACGAAGAGGAAAAAGUUAAUCUUAUCUCCCUGUGUUCACGAUACGCGGAUGUUUUUUAUAUAGAGGGUGAACCGCUGUCAUUUACGAAUAAAAUAAAACAUCGGAUCAACACCGCCGAUGAGAUACCGGUUUACACAAAAAGUUACAGAUACCCUUUCAUACACAGACAGGAAGUUAAAGAACAAAUCGAGAAAAUGUUAUCUCAGGGUAUCAUACACCCUUCGGAAUCAGCAUGGAGCUCGCCUAUUUGGGUCGUACCUAAAAAGGCUGAUGCCUCAGGCAAACGGAAGUGGCGUAUCGUGGUAGAUUUUCGGAAAGUUAACGAAAAAACCAUUGACGAUAAAUAUCAGAUACCUAAUAUAGCUGAUGUCUUGGACAAACUGGGUAACUGCCAAUAUUUCUCGACCUUAGACCUGGCCAGCGGGUUCUAUCAAGUAGAAAUGAACCCUGCUGAUAUACAGAAAACUGCCUUUAACGUGGAGCAUGGGCACUUUGAAUUUUUACGUAUGCCCAUGGGUUUAAAAAACAGUCCAUCUACUUUUCAAAGGGUGAUGGACAAUGUUCUCAGGGAGCUCCAGAAUACCAUCUGUCUGGUCUACCUUGAUGACAUAAUUGUUUUCAGCACCUCUCUCCAAGAACAUAUAGUAAAUUUAGAAAAAGUAUUCCAAAAAUUACGGGAAUCCAACUUUAAAAUCCAAAUGGAUAAGUCGGAGUUCUUAAAGCUUGAAACGGCAUAUUUGGGCCAUAUCAUAAGUAAAGAUGGAAUCAAGCCCAACCCAGACAAGAUUUCAGCUAUACAAAAUUACCCUUUACCUAAGACACCGACCGAAAUAAAAUGCUUUUGAGGCCUCCUUGAUUUCACCAAAGAAUUUGUGCUUACCACCGACGCAUCUAAUUUCGCAAUAGGAGCCGUGUUAUCCCAAGGGCCAAUUGGAUCUGAUAAACCAAUCUCGUUUGCAUCUCGUACUCUCAAUGAGAGCGAGAUAAAUUACAGUACCAUUGAAAAAGAAUUACUCGCAAUAGUUUGGGCAACUAAAUAUUUUAGACCAUACCUUUUCGGACGUAAAUUUAAAGUUUUGACUGACCAUAAGCCCCUCGAAUGGAUUAUGAGUUUAAAAGAGCCCAAUUCCCGUUUAACAAGAUGGCGAUUGAAACUCAGUGAAUAUGACUUCACUGUAGUUUAUAAAAAAGGUAAAAGCAAUACAAACGCGGAUGCCUUAUCCAGAGUAGAAAUCCGUAACGAGGAGAUCAGCUCUGUGGUUGCCAAUCCUUCUGAGAGGCCACCAUCCAUAGAUAAUUCCGCUACCCACACAGCCCAUACUAGCAACGAAAACCCAAUUCUAGAAAUACCUAUAGUAGAUGAGCCCCUUAACAAGUUUCACAGGCAGUUAAUUAUGACUAUAGUAGAUGACAUUAAAAAACGACCGGUUGUGACCAAACCAUUUGAGACGCACACCAAAGUGACUAUCCAAGUGACAGAAUCAAACUUAGAGACCGACGUUAUUAACGCCAUAAAAGAGUACGUUAAUCCCAAAGUAAGAACAGCAUUAUUAAUUAACCCACCAUUAGCAAUGUACAAAAUUAUACCUAUAAUUCAAGAUAAAUUUAGAAGCUCUUCCAUGAAUCUAGUUUUAGCAAAGAAUGAGUUAGAAAAUGUUAAAGAUUACCUGAGACAGCAGGACAUUAUCAGGCAUUACCACGACGGGAAGACAAAUCAUAGAGGGAUAAAUGAAUGUUAUCUCGCGUUAUCUAGGAAGUAUUAUUGGCCUAAAAUGCGAGAUCACAUAACAAAAUACAUAAACGAUUGUAGCAUCUGUGGCCAGAGCAAAUAUGAUAGAAAUCCGAUAAAACAGCAAUUUCACGUAGUACCACCAGCCACCAAACCUCUUGAGAUAGUUCACGCAGAUCUUUUUAUCGUACAAUCCGAAAAGUUUAUAACGUUCAUAGACGUUUUCUCUAAAUAUGGCCAAGCCUAUUAUUUAAAAGAUGGCACUGCAAUAAGCAUAUUGCAAGUCCUCUUAUCAUAUUGUACUCACCAUGGUCUCCCUUUAACGCUCGUCACCGAUAAUGGCACUGAAUUUACUAACCAAUUAUUCGCAGAAUUUCUGAAACUUCAUAAAAUAAUUCACCAUAGGACCUUACCUCACUCCCCUAACGACAAUGGAAACAUAGAACGUUUCCAUUCAACGUUAUUAGAACACCUUCGCAUCCUAAAACUUCAACAGAAAGACGAACCAAUAGGCUAG